AUGGCUGUAGGAGGUGGGGAUGGAGUUAGUGAGCGGUGUAAGGAGGCUUAUGUACGGAUUAAGAUGGCAAUGCCGGUGGAGAGACCGAAAGAACGUGUGUUGGAAUUUCAAAACCAAACUACGGUUGAAAGAUUGGAUAAGGUAAUUGGAUUAUUAGGAAUGAUUGAGGAGGGACGAAUCUUGCUGAAACGAAGUGGGUCCUUAUUGGAAAGUCGGGAUCAUUUGUUGGGAUUGGAGAAGAUUGUGAAGAAGUUGGCUAAGUAUGCGGAAUCGGAUGUAAUUAAGGAAUUAGUGGGUAAGGCUGAAAAGAAGAUAGAUAAAAUAGAAAGAUUGCUGGAUGCUGGGGCUAGGAAACGGUUGGAGCGAUCGUUGGUUGGGCCUAAAGAAGGAUGGAGGGAGUACUUGGUGCAUCCGAAGAAGAAAGGCGUAUUGUUUGUGGAGGUCGUGCAGGAAUAUAUUGAGAAGCGGGCAGUGCCUUUGGCUUUAGAGGAGGAGUGGACAGGUGAGUGUUUAGUGCACCAAAUAGAUAGCUUGGCUGAAGAAGGGUACCCGCAUAAGGAGAAACAUGCUAUAAUGGAUGUAGUACAUGGGAUUAUUGAUAAGGAGAUCAAAAAGCAGGUUACAACUAAAUGCUACCAGAUAACUAAAUCAAUGGAUGAUCCGCAUUUACGGGUUAUUGCUAUGAUUAAAUUGGGUAACUUCUACCAGAUAAACCAUCGCUACUUAACGGGCAGUCAAACUCCUGAGGAUAACAUUAUGGAAAUUCUGAAACGGCACACGAAGAUCCUCUUCUCUGAAGCGGAAUCACACUAUGCUGCAGCUGCUCCUAACGAAAGAACUAUGCAGGACGAGUCUUUAGUGGACAUGCUAGCCAUUAUUCAAGCAAUUGAUGCGCAUCCGCGUACUUUUGAGAAAUGGUCCAAGAAGAGGCAGCCGAUUCUUAAGGCCUUACGCAUGAUUGCCCAGGAGAAGAGUAAGCUCUUUUCAAAACUCAAAGGACUGAUUCUACUGGAUAAUUCCAAUCAUCUUUUGAAAAAGGCCGGAGCCACUGAUAUUGUGCCUGAGCAAGAGUUGUUGACUCAAAUACUAACCCAGUUAAGAGCUCUGCUUUUGAAGAGCGUAGAAAGUCCUAAAAAGGAAGGCAAUCGAAUCGUCUUUCUGCUUAGAUGUGUGGAAACCUUUUCAGCAGUAGCCGAGUCGUACAUUCUACCUAACAAGCAUCGUAAAACUGUCAUUGCCGAGUUCAAAAAGGAGGUCCGUGAAAUAGCCAAAAAGUAUGGUGAUCUGGACGAAAUUAGCGAUCGGCAUCUAACCGAGCUUAUCUCUAGACUUUUCUCAGGCAAACCCAUUCAAUCGCCCUCCGAAGUCCCUGCUGCAGCUUCAGGCAACUAA